AUGGAGAAGCUGCGCGACGAUGAUGGCACAUCGCAUGGAUGCUACUCGGCCACCAAUCCGCCCCAGCUCGUCUUUCGAUUACCCAAUGGCACAGCGCUAAUGUACGACUCCAUGAUACUCAUCCUCACCGUGGCCAAAGUCAUUCACACUUCGCAAAUUCAGGGCUUCUCCCCCAACGCCUUUCGUCAGACCAGACGUUCCGCCUCGCCACUCUCCAGACAGCUCUACAACAGCGCAAUCUUCUUUUACAUUCUCAGUAUCAUCAGCUAUACUGGCGGCUUGGUAUGGGCCAGCUUCCACUCACAGAAUCGAUCUACAAGCGUAUUUGCCGGGCUGUGAGUAGCAGCGUCACUGCGCAUCGGCUCUAUCUGUGUCCCCUUUAUGCUCACACCUUCUGGCGCCUGCCUUCUCGAUCCAGCCAAUUUCUCGUCUCGGUGACCAUCGCUCCUCGAAUUCUGCGCAGGCUGAAACUCCUCGAUAGAAGCGCGCUCGGUCUGGAGCCAGCAAAAGAAGGGGCAAAGCCCAUCCGCAUGAGUCGCAGAUCGCCCUCGCAGUGGUCAGAUGCCGACUGGAACUUUCAGACUAGCUCCGCCAAGCCCAACCCGAUCCAGGCUCCAGAGCAGGCAGUCAGUCCUCGGAUCCAAUCCGAAGUGCUGGUCAGAUCUCCAUCUAUGGGCUUUCGACGCGAGCUUACCGAAGAUCAUCAGCAAAUACCGCUGCAAACAGUGCGCGUCGAGCCCUACACUCCUCCCUCUACCUGCGAAUCGCAGAGAGGCAUGUGGCGAAGGCAAAGCGAAGACAGCGAGGCGCGUCUCAUGCCUUGAAGAAAGCUUCAGCGCCGUACCUCUCGCUGAUCUCUGAUUGAUUCGAAGUUGCAUCGAGCCACCAGUUAA